AGUUUAUCCUGGUUCCACCCACUGGGACUUUCCUAGCUUCCUCCUGCACGGCGAGGGGAAAAAAAGGCAGAGGCAGACAGCAGGCAUCCCGGGGAGCUCGGGGAGCCGCGGUGCUCCCUUCCCUGAGCUAGGUUUCUAUUGUAGGCGGUGCAUUCCUCGGGAGGGAGGGUGUGUGUGUGUCGGUGCCUUCCCACACUCCGGGCAGCUCUUAUUUAAUGGGGGUCUCCAUGCAGGGCAGAAGGCAGAGGAGGUUUAGCCAGUGUCAGGCUCAGCGGCAGCUCGUAAGCCAAUUGCCGGUAUGUGUCACAGGGCUGAAAUAACCCUGGAAGAGGGUUCGGGGACCGGCCAAGCCUCCAGGAUGCACAUCAAGGAGGACCUGAGGAGGAUGCGCUGCGCCGUGCUGCUCUGCCUGCUGGCCGUGCUGCUGCUGGCGCUGCCCAUCGCGUACCUGCUGGCAGGGAACCUGCGGGCACCCACCUCCUGCCCCCAGGUCGUGGACGAGAGGAGCUCUCACUUUCUGAAGCAGCGGGCAGUAGCUGCUGUUACAGACACGCUUCCCAGUGCUGAGAAGCCAAGAGCACACCUGACAGUGAAGAAACAAGAUCCCUCCAGUGCCACAGGAAGACAUCUGCCCAUCCUACAGUGGGAAGACAAGCGAGGCUUGGCCUUUACCAAGAACAACCUGAGUUAUUCCAGCAACGCACUGGUGAUACCUGUGUCUGGGGAUUACUAUGUCUAUGCUCAGGUCACUUUCCGAGGGCCCAGUGACACUUCAAGUAAAACCAAUUCUGUCACUGCAGUCAUCACUAAAGUCACUGACAGCUAUCCCGAGCCCACCCAGCUGCUGACCAGCAGCAAGACCCUUGGUGAAGAAAGGAACAACUGGUUCCAGCCCAUUUAUCUGGGAGCUGUGGUUUCCUUAGAGAUAGGAGACAAGCUAAUGGUCAAUGUUAGUGACAUCAAGCUGGUGGAUUACACUAAGGAGCACAAAACCUUCUUUGGUGCCUUUUUAUUGUAGGUCUCUGGCAGCAGCUUUGUGGAGGCCUCCCUUAAGGGCCCUGGUUUGGUGGUUGCAUGUUGGGGUGCUGGUCUCUGUGCUGUCUUCUGUGCUUCGCUCACCUGCUGCCUUAAAUUAUGGGGUGGGGAGAGCUGGAGCUGCAGGAUGAAUGGAAGCAGCCCAAAAAACUCCAGAAAAAUGAAAGUCAGACUUAAAGGAUGAUAGGGAUUCUUGAAAGCUCUGUAUAUUGGAGAGGAGCCUUUUUUUAUGGGUUGGGUAGGGAUAUUUAUUGUAAACAGGCUAGGCUGCAUCACUAAUUCCUUUUCCAGUAUAUCAUUUCUACAACUGAAAAGAAGUGUUUUAAACUUUCUCCAGCACUUCCAGUGUAAUUUUGCAUCACUUUUCUUCAGAUUCUUAAAGACAAUUACAAUUAAUAAUUUCCUUAAACAUACUUCAGUACUUUGCACUAAUAUAAAGCCCAGAUUAAUCAUUAACUGCUCAAUUAAUCACUUCCAGUUCCCCUGUAAAGUAGAUUAAAAUUAUAUCAUGAGUUUUGCAUUAGCUACCCGAUUUUCUUUUAUUUUCCAGGAUACCAUUUGCAGAUAUCUAAAUCAAUGUGUAGGCUUUAGCUUUUAUUUAAAACUUCUAGGGAACGUGCAGAAACAUUUUCUUUUCAGCAUGACUGUAGAAUCCCCCCACCAGAUCCAAACAUUAGGAAAACAAAAAACAAAAAACAAAACAAAAAAAAAAGGACAGGGAGAUACGCAGAAACAUGCUCCACACUUUUUAAAAUCAAUCACAAAAUUAAAAAAAAAAAGAAAAAGAAAAUUGCUCUGCAAUAUUUUGCUUUCCACUGUGCUUCAUGCAAAGCAAAUGCAACUAAAGACAUCAUUGCCCUCCUAAUGCUUUGCAACCACUGCUACAGCAAUCUGCUGACACAAAGGUCUCCCCAUCCUUUGCCUGGGUGCAGGCUGAUGAUCAGUAGUCCAUGCAAAAGGUCAGAGGAUCUAAAGAGAAGCUUACAGUGUGCCAUGGCCAGCUACAGAGCUUGGGAACGCUUAGCUUCCCAUCUCGUGCUUCUUUUUCUCAUAGACGUUACUAUCUCAGGGAAAUUCCCCAGCUCCCCUUCUCCUUCCACAGUAAAUACAUCACUGUCAGUGACUCAAGUCACGCUCUAGUAUGUUCAGGCUUUACACACUUAACUGCUUGGUGGUCUCUCACUCGAGUCCCUACCAGGCAGCCGUUAGGCAGGGUCUGUCCAGUGGCCAGGAUGCGCUCUCUGCAGCUCUCCCUCUUUCUUCCCUUUCCCCAUUGGGCUCCUUCCUUCUUGUCCAGAAGUGUCACCAAGAUGGCCCAGCUAACUUUUCCACCCAAAGACAUGGGCCCCAGCAGCAUGCUGUUAGCACCAGGGAGGCACCCAGCACCCAAUCUGGUCUCAUUACUCUCCAGAAGGGCAGCUCACCAUCAUCACCUCAGCAGGGCUUUUCCCACUGCUUAGAAGCCCCAGUUUUUCUCUUGCACAAAUAUGGUAAAAUCACAAGUCCAGGAAAAGUUUAUUCCUCUGGGAAACCCUAAGACUUUCCUUUUUUUUUUAGAUUUUAGAUUUGAGUCCUUCAGAGCUUCUGAUCCCUUCAUUUUGUGCCCAAACCUGGAUCUGCAUUCUUGCAGACCUCCAUAGAAAGGCACGUAGGUGACCAGCACCCCAAAAUUCAUUAUCUCACAAAGAGAAGACUUAAAGUGACCUGUCCAGGACAGGGGAUUCUCAGCCACUAGUUAGUAAAGCUUCUGUGAAGUUAAUAGGACGAAUUUGGUUCAUCCUUGGAGAAAGUUGAAAUGCAAAUUCUAGCUUUACUGAGAUAUUUACAGAAAUCCAGAAAGGCCUUUAUUUCCACAAAUGAGAUUAUGUAACACUCUUCUGAGGCCAUAAUGCAAUCUUAAUAGGCUUGUAGAACAGAUUUCCAUAAAAACUAUAUUUUAAGUUGUCAUCCCUUACUGCUUGUUGCACUGAAUUAUGUUUAAUAUGGGUUCUAGGGGAGAGGAGUCAUGCAUGCAGUAUUUGACUCACAGUAGAAGAACCUUCUAGGGAUACAUAAAUGCACAAACAUAGAUUUUCUUAUAUAUUUAUGCAUACUGUACGUACAAGUUUUAGGAAGUGCUUUGGCAAUGAUGAGCCUUUUGCUAUAACAAGACACAUAAUUUGUGCCUGCUGUACACUGACGACAAAUUCCACAAGCACAAAAUCUCCUGCUGCUGUAAUAGAUACAGAUGUGACUGUCUUGUUCCAUUGGCCAUAGCACAAGCGUGUUUAUUUUAGUUCGUGCCUUGCAAGCUGUCCCACCCCAUCUCAUACACCGGCUUCUAGCACGUUUAGCACGCUAGCACAACUUAUAGAUCAUAAAGUAGCAUAUCUAGCAUUACUUGUUUUAAAGUAGUGCAGGCAGAUUAAUCCAAGCACACCUACCCAGUGGAAAUUUCUAUUUCUCCCUUUUUUUUUCCCCUCUUAGUGCUAAUAACGCUUCUGUGACAGUGAGCAGCAGGUACAGCAGGAGCACCCAGGGCUGGCUGUGACCCCACUGACUGCAGAAGCCAAAGGCACGGCACUGGGGUAAAGCUGCUUAAGGGGAAUAGAGGUCGGGCUCAGAGGGAAGGGUCUCAGGCAGACUGAACCCAAGCUGUGGGUGAUCAGAUUUUCCCAAAGCUAAUUAAGGAUGGAAGCGUUCUCAGAAAAAUCACCGUUAUUGGGUUAGAAAAAAAAAGUUUCUUUAAUGUAAAUCAUUUGUGGAGAUGUGAAGAUGCCCACAGGUCAGCAUUUUCAGUUGAAUGGGGUGACGAAAUGGGGCCUUGUGAACAAGUGACCUUUCAGCCUGCGGUCAGGCUGAAAAUGCGCUUUGUUUUGGGUGGAUGUGAAACUGAGACAGUUGGAAGAAGCUCUCUGGCUAGAGGAAGAGCUUCAAGAAGGCAGCUUAUGUUCACGAGCUAAAAAUAAUGGUACGAUUUCUGGAUUUGGCCCUUUCAUCUCUCAGAAAAAGACAUUUAAGCACUAUUCAGUACAAAAAACAUUGAAAGAAACUGUUUCAACUUCUGUUGGCUUUGUUGUUGUAUAUUUUUUUAUGAAUAUUUAUUAACAAAAGACUUUUGUUCUUAGGAAUUCUUCUCUGAUUUCUUUGAUCUCCAAAAACUAACACUAAAUAUAACCCAAAUUCCUAAAGCAGUUCACUUACCUACUGCUUCCUUUCCCCUUAAGGUGUUUAUGCUAGUAAAUGAGCAUUCUCUCUGUAUCAAUAAGUAAAUCUAAAUCAAGCUAUAAGAGGUUACAACUCCAAUCUUACCAACAUAUAUGCAUGCCUUGCUUAGUCUUAAGCUUGUGGGUAAAAAGAGUGCCAUUGUGAAAGGCAGCUCAGUUUCCCUUCUUGGCGUACAGGAGUAAAGCCAAUUAAAAGUUGAUUGGUAGAAUGUUUUAGCCAUGUUGACCCUGAACAAUACCAUUACAUGGGUAACCUCUCAAUAAGGAGAACUCACAAGGACCACCUUCAGCCCGUGUGUGUUGGCAGGAUUGGGGUCUAGAGGUGGAAAGUUAAAGGUUGGGUUUCUGAGUCAAUCGUCACUCGAAUAGCAUAAAGUAGGCUGGUGGGAAGAUUUUGGACGUGCCAGUUUGGUGAAUGUUAGUUUGAGCCAUCCCUCAGAAGGAAGGGACACGACCAGGCUACAUUAACCAAAAGGAAUGGGUUAAAGUAUUGUGAUUUCCAACACACACACGCAAAAAAUGUAUUUUGAGAGAACGUCGUUAUUCAGCUCUGUACGAUCAACUGACUGCACUGUGUUUUGCUUUUAUUAAUCUCUUGAGUGGCCCAUCAUUUCAGAUGGGAAAUGAGGAGAAAAUUCAUUCUUUAGAAGAAUCAGACAGUGUCAAGAAUUUUUGCCCAAAUCUGGGUAUUAAACGCCAGUAUAGCAUUUUGCUACUGUAAUGUAUUUUCAUAUAAAUGAUUGUAUACUGUUUUGUGCUUCAGCACCGGUGUGAGCCUUCAACAGCAGAACUGACUUUAGUGUUUUGUUUCCAAGUGUUACGAUAAUAAAAAUACAAGUUAACUAAUUUAAAAGCUUCUGACCCUGGUCUCCAUCCAAGAACACUAACGAAAUCACACGCAGAGCGAUCAGCUCAUACAGCCAGAGAAACCUCCUCUGCUGUGCAUCAAUCAUCUGUGCUUCCAGACACACACGGUGAGUGAUCCCCCACCAGAGUGAACUCAGGCACGGCCCUUUUUUCUUUGCCAUGGGGCGUGUAGGGCUCCCAUUUCAAAAGAAAAAAUGUGAAGGUUGAGCAAUGCCCCGCUGAGCACACGAGGAAGAUGAGAAUAUUCUUCCAGCCAACUUUGAAUAUCAUCACCUGAUCAAAGAGCCAUAUCUUCCAUGCCUCUACAUGAGAGCACCUCGGCAGCUUGGAAACUGAGCGUGUCCAAUUGCUUUCCACUAGCAGAACCCAGAAACCUUCUCCCAUUUUCUUUCAUAUUUGCCCUAUUGUUGAUAUAUCCCAGGAUUGAACUCCAAGUAGCGUUUUUAAAUUGUUUUAGAAGAGAUUUCUGGUUAAGGGCUACGUGCUCUGGCUUAAGUGAGGUUUUCACCUCCCUCAGAGGGAGGAAUCACGUUCAGUCAUGUUUACCCUGGCUUGCACCCACACUCACAUACCUGAGAUGUUUUGUUAGGCUGUGAGUGGCAGCUUCCACAGAUCAGCCAAAAGUUAAUUAAACAGUAAGCAUCAGACUUUCUCCUGUAGAUCAUCCACAUCAAAGCAGAUGUUUGUUUUUUUUAUAAUUUAUUUUAAUACAAUAGUUAUCUCAAGCCAAAAGCUUUUUAUUAUUAUUAAGAUAUUCGUUAACAGCAGCAGCUGUCUGCAGCAUUGCACUUAAGCUGCCCAAAUACUUGCUGCCUUGUAGAACAUAGGGCAGCUAUGUAUAUAGAUAUGUAUCUUGAUGGAAGGAAGAACCUUACCUUCAAAUGAUGAAUUUACUACACCAUUAAGUUCUUCCUGGUGACCAGGACAUUACCCACAGCAGCUUAACUUCCUGAGAUGCCCAACCACAGCUGAAACUAUUUGUUCAUGCACAAAGUUCAUGCCAGCUUUGUUCAUGUACAAAGAUCCCUUUUCCAGGCUGGGGACAUGUUCUGUGUCACAGUACUUCCAGCUCUUGGGGAGAUGACUGAGUUCACUCUGGCAGGGUUUGGAGACUUCGUGUCUUCAGCAUCUUGCAGGAUGGAGCACAAAGUGGAGGCAAUCUGCACCCCCAGGAACAGCAUGGGUUAUACACUUUCCAGCUCGACAAGGAGCAGCUGAAUGAGGGCUGUGUUUUCUAGCACACUCAGCUGCUGUCAGACAGGUUCUCAAAGGAAAUUAGGGCUCCAUGAUGCCAAAGACAGAUAAGAAUCUCUUCAAAAGUGUGAAAGCAGAAGCCAAGUAACAGCAGCAGUUAAAAGUCUGUUGUGCCUUAGAAGUAGUACAAGCACCAGCUUAUAUACAACAUUAUCAAGUGCCCAAACUCCAGAAUGUUUUGGUGGGAUUUUUUUCAGAAUUAUGAACUAAACUUGCUUCAGGCUCCCUCGUUUUUGCACAAGUCAAGCUAUGUUCUUCCAUCGUCUGUAGAUUUUUAUAUUAAAAAGUCAAAAAGGCACUGGAAAUAUUUUUUGUAUAUUUAUUGGCACUGUACAUAUAUAUAUGUCAAUUUUAUGUAAGUGACUGUAAAAAUCAAGGUACAAACUUGAGACCUAUUGUUCUCAGCAGCUUUCUCCUUCAGCAGAUGGCUUUGAUAUCUUCUAAUGAUGAAGUUUAUCAACAGUUUGUUUUUAAAAUCACUUCAUAUCUUAAAGCAAAAUAAAUAAAUAAAUAAAAGCACUUUAUUUGAUUCAGCUUCAUUCCUGACUCUGUUCUGUACUUCAGUGAGCAUCCACCAAAAGCUCACGUUUACAACUGCAAAGAGCAGGAGUUUGUUCACCCAUGGCAGUGUGGUUAAGCGUGCUGUAUUUUUCACACCGUAUACGUGAUUUCCCAGAUCACAGAAUCACAGAAUUGUAGGGUUUGGAUGGGAUUUCUGGUGAGAUAUUGGCACAGCUGCCCAGACGGUGGUGGAGUUACCAUACCUGGAGGUGUUAAAAUGGGAGAUACCACAUUGGGUGACACGGUCUCUAGCAGUCGUAGGCAUGGGUUGAUGGUUGGACUGGAUGAC